UACAAGAUUCGCGAAAACCUUUUGGGAAAAUUGCUAAAUUAAGUUGCAAAUUAGAGGAUUGGAGCACUUCAAACGUAGUGCGUUCUAAACAAUGCGCAGCAUGUGGCCGCAAACGCUGGAAAUGUCCCGCGACGAAUGUCGGGGCAUGCUGCGUCGACUUGAGCUAGAAUCGUAUUCGCAUGUAAUAAGCGUUUUUCGCGCCCAAGGCUCACUAAGCGAACCGAAAGCCAAGCUGCUCGAGGAGUUACGCCAACUGUUUCAUAUAACACAGGAACGUCAUCGUGCGGAGGUGCGACGCGCAGCCAACGAUGAACAAUUAUGCACAAUUGCCGAGAACGUCUGCGGUCCGAACACAUGGCAGGAAUGGUCACGUGAAGGUCGUCGCCCGUAUCCGUUGCUGCCACGAAUUAGCCCGCAAACCGCACUUAGCAUUGUGGCCAAUGAUCUGGCCGCCAAGGCCUAUGCGGAAAAUAGCAAACUGCCACCACCAAAUGAAACUGGGGCAAAUCUAAGCGAAGCGCUUCGAGAACAGGCAACCUACCAGACUCUUAAGCAUGGCAUGAUUAAACAUCAGGAGCCACUUGUGAUCAUGGAUGAGCCGUUUAAGGUGCCCGAUUUGCCCAAUGAAAUAAAGAAGGCCACACUGAAGCGCAAGGAGAAUGAAAGCAGUGAGACGAAACCCAAUAAAAAGCGGAAUACACAACAAGAUAGGCAGAUGGGGCAGCUGCAGCAGAUGCCGUCUCAGCUAAGUGGCAAGGAUGAAGAUGGGCAAGUGGUGCCGCUGGAGCAGCGUCCCAAUGCGCGCACAUUGCAGCAACGUUACUUCUAUCAGCAGCAGCAGAAACAUAAACAACGAUUGGCAAGCAAAAAGGGUAGCGGGAACACGAUGGCCAAUAAUAGCAACGUUUCAGGUGUCGGGAUCAAUACGAAGCCAGCUAAGAGCGGUCGGCGACGAGCACAAAAACAGCUUCAACAACAAAUGCAACAGCAAAAGCAACAACAACAACUACUGCAACAACAGCAGCAGGAGCAACAGGAACAUGAACAGCAACACCAGCAGCAGCAACAGCCACAGCAGCAAGAAAAAGUAUUAUUAUCCACGUCUCUUACAACUACAGAGCUGACAGCGCAUCCGAAUGCCAAUCACUUGGUGCAGCCGCACGUGGAAUACAUUUUGGAUGAGGCGCUCAAAUCGGUUGCGGCAACCAAGUUAAAAACGAUACCUGCAGCACGCGUUGUCUAUGGACCGCCCGAGAUGCUCUCACCGACGACGCCGCGUACUUUUGUUAACUCGCCCAUUGUUUUCAAAGAGAAAUUAUCGCCGACGGCGCAAACGAUUCAACAGCCGCAAUUGAGCACACCUGUUAAGAAGUAUAUUGUAGAAGAACGUCAGCCGAUGGCUGGUGGCACGCAGCCAGCGUCCGCCAAUAUCUCAACGGCAAACUUGCCGCUCGCACCACAAAUCAUAAGCGUUCAGCAAAUAGCAGCCCCACCGAAAGUACGGACCACAGCUAGCGGCGCCAUUUUGCCAGCUGGCACCAAGCUGACGCCGAAGAAGAUCAAUCUAAUCGACAAGCAGCAAUUGUCUUCCGUGCCCAAUACAGCUGUUCGUCUCUUGCCCUAUGACCAGCAAUCGGCUGCCAAUCCAGCGACGUCCAUUAACAAUCUCGGCGGCAAGGCACCCGCUACAGCCGCAGUACAGAAAUACAUUGUCGAGGAGCGAGUGCCCAAUCAGAGUGUGGCUAGUGUGGCCACCACACCACUGAGCAGCGCCUCUGCUGUAAAUAUUAUCAAGAAUAUACCAGCUAGCAGCUUGAACAAUACGCUCAUUACGCCGUUGAGUAGCUCGUCGGGCACGCCCGUUGCGCCACUGUUCCGCAAGGCGACGGCGACAACAACAAGCACAGCGGCGGCAGCGGUGGCGGCAGCAAGCAGCAGUGGCACAGUGGCGUCAACGUCGCAAAUAUUGGGCAAUAUAAAGCUGACAAGUGCCAGCGGCAUCAAGCAUGUGCCCAGCAGCGCACUGCGCAACAUCAAAAUCUGCUCGCCCAAUGGAAAACUAUUCCUGCAACCGGCCAAACUGCAUACGGGCAGCAUUAUACACAAGCUGAAUACAACGAAUGUGGCCGCUGGCGCUGCUGGUGUGACUGUGAGCAGUGCUGCUGUCUCGCCCACGGGCGUUGGCACGCCCUCUUCGCCGCAGUCGUCACAGCAACGAAUAACGAUACAGAAAAUGCAACUGUUGACGCCCACUCAAGUGAUCUCGAGUGCCGCGGGCGGCACAAGCAGCGUCAGCGUCGUCUCCACAUCCAGCAUUGCCAGCAGCGGCGCCAAGGUUAAGCCCACAACAUUGACGCUCGGCCCGGCUGGUGUUGGCAAGAAUAAUUUGGUAUUUCUACCCACGAGCGGCAUGCGCGCAGUUACUCUGGCCUCCAGCAAACCAAAGUCUAGCGGCGAACUACUGACAGCUAAGCCCAACGUGCUCGUCAUUGGAUCAUCAACGUCAGUCAAUGCGGCCAAUAGUUCACAGGCAACGGGUACGGGCACGGGAACGCCGACGGCUACGCCGCAAUCGUCGUUGGCAAAGUCUAAGGCGCAUCAGCUGAUAACAGAGGAUACGCCUAUAGAUAUUAUCAACAUGCCCAUAAUUGUGGCAGAUAAUGGUACGGCAGAGACGAAGACGUCUGCCAAGUCGGCACCGAUGGUGGUGCUAAAUGCCACCGACUGGGAAAUGGAGCUGGAUCAGGCUUCUAAAGCGGCAGCUGCCACCAAUGCAACAGGAACAGCCUCCACAACAACAUUUUCGAAUGAUACGAAAAGCAACAAGCAACAGUUGGAUGACGUCAUUGUUGAGGACACAGGCGAGGACAUGGACGAUGCAAGCACACAGCUCAAAGAUCGCAUCAUAGAAAUGCACGACGACGUGGACAGUGCCAUCGAGUAUGUGGACAUGGAACUAGAGCAGCCGAUUGAGAUUGAGUGUACCAGUAACAUAUCGCCAGAGACAAUGAAUACCACCAGCAGCAGCAGCACCACCACAUCUCUUAAAGCAACUAUAAUGCCACCACUGGCGGAAGAGCAGAAAAAGCUGGAUCAACAGGUAACCGGAGAAUCAACAGGGACAGCAGCUGUAGCGACAACAACGAUGCUGGCAAAGACAUCGACGCUGCCAUAGGUAGUCCGCGGUGUUCUAAUUGUUUAUUUUGUUAUGGUUGGUUCAUGUACGCACAAGCAGACAUCUAUAUAAACACCCACACACACACACAUACAGCCCGGUUUAAUUAGGAUACAGUUAUUAGUUUAGUAGUACCAAGUUCUUUAAUCAAAGUGCAACAUUAUAAUUAUUUGUAUAUGUAUUUGAAAAAUAUUUGUAAAAAAAAGAAAGAAAAAAAA